AUGGAGGUGAUUCGGCACGCCGCCCAGAACUUCAGUCGGCGGGUUCAACAGCCUGUUAAGGUCUUCCAUGACGGUUUUCGCGAGAAAUAUCGAAUGUGUCCAGUUCCUGCUGGCAACAAUGCCAACCUCGAUUCAUAUGGUCUCUGUUGUUUUGAUUGCGACAUGUCGGACCCGAAGUUCCCAGAGUCAAGGCCUAAUACCGCUCCAUCCAAUAUAUCCGAUGGCGGUGGCAUCCGCAUCCCACGUCCACGCAACAGUUGGAUUCUCUACCGCCAACACAAGUCAAAUCAACUUAAGAAAGACUUCCCGGGAAUGACUGCGUCUGAGCUUUCUACUGUGAUAUCUUCCCUCUGGAAGUCCGAAUCAACGACCGAGAAAGCAAUUUGGCAGCGGAGAGCUCGGGAGGAAGACCGUCUGCACAAAGAGAAGUAUCCUGGAUACAAAUACACUGCAAAGAGGUCUUCCUCAAAACGGAAGCAAAGCGAGAUCUCUAGAAACUAG